AUGAAGACUGUGGAAGGUUUCUGUGUCCUUUUCAUGCUGCAUCUGUGUUUCCUCCUCUCUGGAAGGACUGAGAAAGUACUUGUAUGGCCCAUGGAUUUUAGUCAUUGGAUUAAUUUGAAAGUUAUUCUGGAAGAGCUCCAUCUUCGUGGGCACGAAAUAACCCUCCUAGUACCCUCAUUUAGCCUUAUGAUGGAUCAUACCAAGAUUCCCUUUAAUGUAGAGGUCCUUCAAGUUUCAGUAAGUAAAGAAACUUUCAUGGAAGGGUUCAAUACCUUUCUCUACACAGCAAGUUUUGAACUGCCAAAACUUUCAUGGUGGGACAAGCAAGUAAAACUGACGGAAAUGUUCAAGAGAUUUUUAAGGACACAAAAAAGCGUAUGUGAUGCUGUUAUCACAAAUAAGGAGUUACUCAGCAGGCUGCAGGUAGCUAAGUUUGAUAUCUGUGUUGCUGAUCCUUUAAGCUUUUGUGGGGAGCUGUUGGCUGAGCUUCUCAAUAUUCCAUUUAUAUACUCUUUUCGGUUUUCUGAGGGGAAUGCCAUUGAAAGACUGUGUGGUGGGCUUCCCACCCCUUCUUCCUAUGUUCCUGGAAGCACAACAGGACUGACAGACAACAUGACUUUUGUACAGAGGCUGGAGAAUUGGUUAUUGCGCGUAAUGAGUGAUGUGAUGUACUUAUAUUAUCUGUUUCCAGAAUGGGAUGAGUAUUAUAGCAAGGUUUUAGGAAAACCUACCACAAUAUGUGAGACUAUGGGGAAAGCUGAAAUGUGGUUGAUUCGAACUUCCUGGGAUUUUGAAUUUCCUUACCCUUAUUUACCUCACUUUGAAUUUGUUGGAGGACUACACUGCAAGCCUGCAAAGCCCCUCCCGAAGGAGUUAGAAGAGUUUGUCCAGAGCUCCGGAAAAGAUGGAGUUGUGGUAUUUACUCUGGGUUCAAUGAUCCAAAACCUCACAGAAGAAAAGUCUAACAUGAUUGCAUCAGCCCUUGCCCAGAUUCCACAGAAGGUUCUGUGGAGAUACAGAAGAAAGAAACCAGAUACAUUAGGACCCAAUACACGGCUAUAUGACUGGAUUCCACAGAAUGAUCUUCUCGGUCAUCCCAAAACUAGAGCAUUUAUUGCUCACUGCGGAACGAAUGGAAUCUAUGAAGCUAUUUACCAUGGGAUCCCUGUGGUGGGAAUUCCAAUAUUUGGUGAUCAGUUUGGAAAUAUUGCUCGUUUGAAGGCCAAAGGGGCAGCUGUUGAAGUAGACUUGCAAGCAAUGACCAGUUCUGAUCUACUUAACGCUUUGAAGGAAGUUAUUAACAACCCAUCCUAUAAAGAGAAUGCUAUGAGGUUAUCAAGAAUUCACCAUGAUCAGCCCAUGAAGCCCCUGGAUCGAGCAGUCUUCUGGAUCGAGUUUGUCAUGCGCCACAAAGGAGCCAAACACCUGCGGCCAGCCUCCUACGAUCUCACCUGGUACCAGUACCGUUCUUUGGAUGUGAUUGGGUUCCUGCUAGCCUGUGUGGCAACUAUUAUGUUUCUGGUCACAAAAUGUUGCCUGUUCUGUUGCUGGAAGUUUGGGAAGACAGGAAAGAAGAAAAAGAGAAUGUAGUUUUCUUUGAGUUUGUCUGGAAAUCUUGAUAGGGCCCAUCCAAGUUAAUCGAGACACUGAGUUAAACAGAUUCCUCUCCUACUCUUCCAAGCUCUUGUCCAUUCCUCAGCUUAUCAAGUCAGAGAUUAAAGACUCUUCCAAGGAGUUGGCCUCAUGAUUUAGAAUUAAGGUUUAGGUAAUCUAGUCUUUAAAAAGAGAAGAUAAACAUAUAAACGCAUGGAAGUUGCUACUAUUGAAAUCUUAGUGCUUUACUUUAUUCACUUGUUUCAGUUCAACAUAUUGAGAUGCUGUUUGAGGCCUUAGGAACAUAAUGAUUAAUUCUGUAUUCAGUAUCCAUCAUAUGGAACAUUUUCUAAAUAUUUAACAUCAUUUUGGUUCCCAUAUGUUAUAAUUACUGCACAUUCUCUAAAGCAACUAGACAAGAAGCAGGAUAGAGGAAGCUGUAACAAGAGCCUCCCUUCCAAUUAGAAAUAUCAGGAGACUUCUAUGGUUUCUACUCUUCUGUGAAGCAUGUUUAUACCAUCAGUUUCAUUUCAUAUGACACCUCUGACUUUGUCCUCCUUGGACUUCAAAACACUAUUUUUUAUCUUUGAUAUGCAGGUUGUCUUGAUUUGGAUAUUAAUCAUAGUAGUACCUGAUUUGUAUUGUAACACUUUGUGGCUUCAGAGAACUGGUUGAUUUUUACAAGGUAGCAGGAUUGAUGGUAUGGUAGAGCAAAAGUAAAUGAUUGGAAUUUAAUACUUAACCUUUUACCUAAUUUAAAUUUUCUUAAAAAUUCUUUCCUACACUAAUUUUACCUAUCUAUAUUUGGAAAGAAGAGACAAAAGUACUUAGCUACACUUCAGAUACUUUGGGGUAAAAUGCAUUCUCAGAAAUGCUAUUUGCUGUGGGAGUGAUCUCUCCAUUUAACAAGAAACUCAAUGAGUUACCCCAUUUCUUCUUCUUCCUUUCCUCCAUCACUUCACCUGGGCCUCUCGUAAACUGUACCAUGACGACUAUACCAGGCACAAGUACUUAGGAUCCUUUAUACCUAGCGUUGUCCAGAAAUCUUCAGUCAACUUGAAGACAUAAGUCGAAUUUUAAUAGAAGUAAGGCUUUCUCUUCCUGUCUUUUCUAAACACAUUCUCUUGCAAUAUAUUUGGCAAUUCUUUGUCCUUAAGUUCAAGGAAUUAUUCAAUAUGUGGUAACAUUGUCUAUUGAGCAAGUUUAGUAAAUGAUUUACCACAGAGUUUGAUAUUUAUAACCCAAGCUUGAGAGACCUAAAAUUAUGGCUCUGUGUUAGAAUAAUACAAAUAACUAGGGGCGUAUCUGUAUUUUGCUGUAAUAGUGACACAAAUACGAGGAAGGUAACCAAUUAAUUCUUAGGUGAGAAAUUAACUUUAAAGAAACAUAGGAGAAAAAAGAUAUUUUCCCAAUUUUAUAAGGUUUUGAAAUAACUGAAUAAUUAUAAUGAUUUCAGGUGUAGAAUUUAAAAAAAUGUAAACACAAACGCUGCUUGGUUUAAGAGCCAGUUAAUGUAACCACAGCAAUAAUUUAUAAUGGUGCUGAAUUAUUUAUUCUGGCAAUAAGAUGAUGCUCUUUCCUAUCAUAGUCUUUAAAAUCAUAGUUUAAUCUUUGAUCAUUUUACGUCGAAGUCAAGAUAUCCUUUCACUUUUUUAUUAUUGUAAGAUUAUGUAACUUAAGUAGAUAAGGUAAACUCAAGAUUUGAAAGUUUGUUAGCAAUUUCUGAGUUUAUUCAA